ACAUUGUCCACUCGUGCUGCUGCGUCUUACAACAGCACAUCAAACAAGCUAUGGACCAUUCUUAGCGACCUCUGGGACCCGCAAAGCAAUACUGGCGGUUAUGUGACGCUUGGCGUAGCAGACAACGCUUUGCUGCAGGACGAACUCGCCCAUCGCAUCAAUCAGUGCUCUGAUGUCCCGAGGCGACUCCUAACGUACAACAACGGACCAUCAGGAUCUCUGCGAUGCAAAGCGGCUAUCUCGAAAUUCUUGAAUCGCCAUCUAGCUCCUUUCACGUCCAUCGAGAUCGCUGAUGUUGUUGUGACCAAUGGGGUUUCUGCUGCGACAGAGCAUUGUUCAUGGGCGUUGUGCGACCCUGGCGACGGCAUUUUGCUCGGUCGACCAUACUAUCGCUCGUUUCUAAAGGAUCUAGGAACACGUCCAGAAGUUCGAGUCGUCCCUGUCAGCUUUGGCACGAAAGACCCACUGGAUGUAUCUUCCGUAGCUGAGUACGAACGAGCACUGCUCUCUAGCUUGCAAGAUGGAGUCAAAAUCAAAGCAAUCAUGCUUUGCAAUCCACACAAUCCUUUGGGCCGUUGCUAUCCGAGGGACUUUAUCAUUCAGCUGAUGGAACUGUGUCAGAAGUAUGGCGUUCAUCUUAUCAGCGACGAGAUAUACGCAUCGUCAGUAUGGAGGCAAGGACCCAGCGACUCGGAGGCCAUUCAACCAUUCACAUCGGUGCUGUCUAUCGACCCUACUGAUAUCAUAGACCCGGCUCUCCUCCAUGUACUGUGGGGCACAAGCAAAGACUUUGGCGCAAACGGACUUCGCUGCGGCGUCAUUAUUUCUCGGAACCACGAUCUGAUCGAGUGUGUCUCGAAUCUUAGUAUCUUCAGCUACGCUUCUGGUCUUACUGACCACGCCGUGUCGGAACUCCUCGAGGACGACGCGUUCACUGAUGCAUACAUCUCUUCCAAUCGCAAAGCCUUGCUCGAUGCAUACGAGUUUGUGGCCACAACCCUGGAUGCCAUGGGUGUACCUUAUGCCACGACAUCAAAUGCCGCUUUGUUCGUUUGGUGCGAUCUUCUGACGCCGUUCCUACACUCGAAGUCUGCAGAGGGACAUACGGUCAGAGACAUCAACGAGAUGUGGCUGCAAAGUAGUGCUCUCGCACAGAGAUUAGACGACGCUCGUGUGCAUGUAGGCGUGCCCGACCAGUUUGGUAGUGAACAGCCCGGUUGGUUUCGUCUUACAAUUUCGCGGCCGAGAGAACAACUUCAAGAAGGGUUGUUGCGGAUUGAGAGGGUACUCAAGGGAUGGUGA